AUGUCGACAAAAAAUCGCGAUCGAUUAGUCGUCACAGAAGACUCAGACGACGAUAAUGAACACGAAGAGAUGUCAUCGGGUGACAAUAGUGGAGAAGAAGGGCCAUCAUAUGGAGAUGCUGCAGCCAGAGAUCCGGACGAGACGGUAGCAUUUCCAGCACCACAGAGAAAAAAGAAGAAGGUGAUCAAGAAGUUGACUCGAAAGGAGCAGAGCCUGAAGCAUAGCGUCAAAGAAUAUCGCAUCAAGUUAGCGAUGGUCAAGCCGGAUAUCACCACCGACAGAGAGAAGGAACGAAAUUUGAGACGGAUUGCUACAAAAGGUGUCGUUCAGCUAUUCAACGCUGUCUCGGAUCGUCAGAAGACCAUGUCGGACGCCGUAAAGGAGAAGAUGACGGCUCGUGACCGAAAAGAGGCUCGUGAACGUUUCGACGGAAAGAAUUUCGAUUCAGACAAGUUCGCCGACUCUGGAUAUGGAUAUGGAGGGAAGAAUGAGGUGAAAGGGGAAGAAGAGGACGAGCAAAUGAAUAUUGGAGAUGAUGAGAUUGAUGCUGGAAAUUAUAGUGAUGAAGAUUAA